AUUUAAUCUCGCUCUAUGUUAAUAAUAAAGUGCUUUCAAGUAUUUUAUAAAUAACUAAAGAUUACGCUCAUAUUCUAGAUACUGAAUAUACUACUCUUGAUUCAUUGUAGUUCUAUACAGACUGUUGUCAUGUAAUAUUUUUAAUCAUAUUUUUUUUUCAGGCAAUAUUUAUGGUUUGAUGAAAAAGGGAAGAAAUGUAAAGUUGCUGCACCUCAGUAUAUUGAUUGUGUCAUGACUUUUACUCAAAGAACUUUGUAUGAUGAAUCAAUUUUUCCUACAAAAUUUGAUCGAGACUUCCCUAGUUCUUUCGAGUCAAUUGUGAAGAAAAUCCAGAGGUUAUUGUUUCAUGUUUUGGCUCACAUUUAUCACAUUCAUUUUAAAGAGAUUGUGCUCUUAAAUAUGCACGCUCACUUAAAUUCCCUGUUCUGCCACUUCACCCUUUUCAAUGAGCGCUUUAACAUCGUAGAUGAGAAAGAGACAGAAAUUCUUAGAGAUCUUGCAGUUGCUCUCAAACUCUAUGGAGAUAAUGUGGAUGCUACCUCUGAAACAGAGGAUAAAAGCAAAGCAGAUGCAGCAGCAAGUACAAAAGAAGUUGCAACAGCUGUGAUAGAGGAAGACAAUGCAGCAGAAUCAAUCAAAGACUGCAUCGUAUCGAAGAACACUGAGAACUCCAAGAGGCCUCCAGCAUACUCGCAGUCAUCACAAUCGAUUGCCUCCUCCAUCUCCUUAGCCUUACAUUCCCGGUCCAGUUCUGGAAGCCACUCUAGCUCCGGCUCUUGCGCUAUGGACUCUGCUUUGUAUUCCCAUGGCACUCCGCCGGCACCUAAUUUUGGUUCCUCACCCCUCAAGUUUCAAUAGAAAUAUUUGUUUGUCACCCUGGCCAUCCACAAAUACUUGCACAUUUGAAACCAACUGGCUAGGACAAGUCUGCAUGCUGGCAAAAUAUUUGACAUUUAAAUGGUAUUUUUAAAUUUGUUGUGCAAUUAAAACAUGUUGCCUAGCAAUAAUGAUCAUUUCGUUUAAAAAUAUGUCAUAGUUUGAGACUGUGUAUUGUAGCAGAAGAGAACAGCCUAAGCUGGUUUAUAUAAAUGGCACAUUAGGUUUUUUUUUUUUUUUUUUUUUUUGUUUGUUUGUUUGUUUGUUUGUUUAGCAUUAUUUCCAAGUCUUAGAAAAACUGUGAUUUAUGCUAACUACCACGAAAGAUUGUUCUAUAUUGCAAAAUGUCAUAAUGUGCAAGAUUGUGCAUAUAUAAGCAUUGUGUAACUAAUUCUGUGUAUCCACAUACCUUUGUAUAUAUGUUUGAUAUUUAGAAAAAAUAAUCAUUUAAAAAUUUUUUGUAUUUAUUUUUGGGGGAAGGGAAUAUUACAAAUUAAUUUUCCAGAAGGGAUGAAGAGGUAAAUAUUCCUUACAAUAUCAGUGAAUGAGCCUGCAUGCAGACUUUCCUCUGUACAUUUUGUCUGCAUAAUCUUUGUGCAGCUAGGUUUAGUUAUAAAAACAUGAUACUUCUUCUUAGCAAGUAUUCUGCAUGUAUGAAAAUGUAGUGACUGACUUAGGUUGUAAUACUAGUUUGACAAAGGUGCAAUGCAAUUUUUGUUUAGAAAAAAGGUCACCUAACACCACAAUGGGUAAAUUAUGUGAAAUUUGCUAAUGGAUUCAUUUAUGAGCUUUUUCUUAUUUUUCACAUGUGAAACAAGUAAUAUAAAUAAAGCAGGUAUUUUCCAUUAUCAGAAAUUAAAAUUUAACUUUUUUUGUGCUACAAAUGAUGUCACAAAUUCAUCUUUUUUUGUUGAGCUUGUUAAAAUGUUUUGUUAUCACUCUAAAAAAUUUCACAUAAUUUAUGAACAUUUUAUUGUGGUUUGUUAUGUGGAUUGCAUACCGUGCUUUGCACCUUAUUGUAAUAAAAAUUACUGAAUGCUAUUUCAUUGCAGUGGAAAACAUCCAUGCAGUGAGAUUAUGUGUGACAAUCACAGCUUUGUAGAUAGAAACAAAAAAUAUUAUUUUUCAUCAGAAUUUUGAGCUAAGUGCAGUUAUGAUAAAUAAAAAUAUUCUAAGACAUGCUUAUCAUGCAUGUAUUAUAAAAUGCGCAUGAAUAUGUGAUUGUCAAAAGUGUUGAUAUUUAUUUUGGUGAGACCUCCUCUCAUUAAAUGUACCUACUGUGAAAAAGUUUUGUAGUGUACGGCCAUAAUGCUGUUUAUAAUCACAUGCAGCAUGAUUCCUGUAUAAAUUAAAAACUUAUAACAAGACUUCCAAUUUUAACAAACCCAAGUGCGUAGUGAGUGCCUAGAAACUCAUUUAAAAUUAUCUGAAAUUGUACAGUAGUGGAAAUUGUCCUUACCUGUAAUUUAUUCAUUUUUAAACUGCCUUUAACAGUUUUUACAGAAAAUUUUAAUUUUGGAUAAGUAAAGAACUCUGUUAGCAUGAUAUACAUUUCUUCAGAUGUGCCUUCAUAUAUAUAUAUAUAUGUGUGUGUAUAUAUAUAUAUACAUAUAUCUGGUAAUAAAAGUGCACAAAAUUAAACUUUGCUUUUAGAGUUAGUUUUUUUUCUAAAUUUCUGAGUGCAUUAGAAAAUAAAUGACAGUUUUUGUUUAUAUCUUUUGACAACAUUAAUAACUUAUGUAGUAUAUUUUUCUUUAUAAUGCCAAAUUUGAGAAAAAGUCGCUGAUGUGCAGAAAUUGAAUAUUUAUAAUAAAACAAAUUUAUAUAACUUUUUGAAUGAUGUCAGAAAAUAAUACAAGUUCUUGUAGAAGUUCAAAUUUAAUAUUUUUGAUGUUUCUACAAAUUUGUGUAUAUAUUUUUAUUUCAGUUUUGUUUGGAGGUUUUGAAAAUUUGUCAUACCCUUCUUUUAAAUUGUAGUAUGAGCACCUUUCCCUUCUAUUUAAUGAAAAAGUAUUUUUUAUCUUAUUCUGUAUGGAUGGCUGGGGUGGAUUGCACUUGUGGAUAUUUCCUAUGUGGAUAUAACAGUUGUGAUAGAAUCCAUUGCUAUAAAAGUUAGCCUUUUGACAAAACAGCAUGGACAUUAUGUAGUAUGUAAAAGAGUUUCAUGAGUCUGUGAUCAUUGUGCAUAGAACUGAUAUUUCUAGAGAGUCUUGUGUUUUUUUUCUAUGCCUUGAGUGUAUUUUGCUGUUUUCUGUAAAUGAAGUGAGUCAAAUUAUAUUUCUAGGGUUCAUUUACCUAUCAGUGUGUUUGGGAAUCUCUAAAACUUCAGAGUAUUGUUAAGAUUACUUGUACUGGUACAAAUUAGGAGAAAAAUAUAAAAAUUGAAGUAUGUUGUAAACUGCAAAUAAAAUGUAAUGGAAUAUUGUAAAGACAGAUUAAUGUAGCAUUCAGAAUAACUUAAUAUGCAAAAUAAGUUAUAUAAAAGUGCACUCCUUUUUAUAGAUACCCAUCAGUAUCUGAUUCUUCAGAAUAUUUCAUUCUCUGAUGGGGGGAAUUAGACGGAAAAUGAUGUGUGGACUGUGCCUACUCUGAUGCAUGAGUUGAAAUUUGUGACAAUGGCAUAGCUGUGAACUAAUUUAUCAAUAUAGGUGUUGCUUUAACUGUUUUUUGUAAAUAAUAUAUAUUUUCUUUAAAAAAGAAAAUGAAAGGUGUCUGGUUUUGCAGUCACAUACUGUUAAUUCCCUCAAAUGGGACAUUGGCUUUGGUAGCUUAACUUAAUUCUUGACACUGAUCUUUCUUUCAGGUUUUGAAAUAAGCCUUGAAAGUAAUCUGCAUCAUUUUUUUUGAAGAAGUUAUACAUCAUUAAAAAAGCAGAACAAUUUCAAAUUUAAAUAGCCACUAGUGUCAUAUAAUGCAGAGUUUAAAUCUAAGGGAGGGGAAUAUAAAGAUGCUUGUGUUCUUAUCCAAAAUAUAUUGAAUUGUUCUAAAUAUUUUUAAAUACAGAAAUGUAUUAAUAUAAAUGUUAUAUAAGUAAAAAAUGCAUUUUAAUAUUUUGUAUACCAAUUAAAAUGCAUGCAGUAAAUGUUCAAUUUUUUUAACAUGAUUUUACUUUUCUCCUAACUGCACAUUUGAUUCAAUAUUUAUUGUAAAACUGGUGAAGUAUACAUUUUACACAAUGACAAUUAAGAUCAUUCUUUCUUUUGGAUGAAAUAAAUUUGCCUCAUAAAAUUUCAGGUGUUUGCAAUGCUGACAUAAUUUCUAAAUGUUUUAAAUUUAUUGACAAUGGUGAAACUUAUUGCCAUCAUCAUCAUUCUUACUCAGUAGUUCAUAUAACAUUUUAAAUUUGAUGUUAAUUUGUUUCAAGUGAAAGAAGAAAACAUUAAGCAUAAUUUUACUCUCGUUUUUGUCACUUUUAGUAUAAAAUGGUAUUUAUUAUUCUGUAAAUUAUUAAAAAUUGCUUUGUAUUGUUCGCUGUUAACUAAAUAAUUUGAAGCUUAUGUUUGAAGUGAAUGAACUUUAGAUUGAACUACGAAAGUUUAAGAUUUGUUUUAACAUAAAAUAUUUUUUUUUCCUUUUGUAAUUAAAAAUAUGGUUGUGAUAAAAUGCGGACUAUAAUGUGUGUAAAGAAACCAAUUCUUAAAAAACAUUUUCUUUAGGUUCAUAGCAACUGUAUUGACCAAGAAUGACCAAGGCUUUUGUGCUAAUUUGAAAAAUUUAUAUAAUAGUGUUACUUCAAAAUCAUAAUAUCUAUGUAUAUAUAUUUAUUACAUAUACACAGUAUGUUAUAAAGUUGGUUUCUUUACCUCCACAAAAGUCUGUUUCUUUAAGAGUACUACUUCCAAGUCAAUACCUCAUUUGUAGGAAUCUAGUUAUUUGUAUUUUCAUCUACUGUUGUAACUUAGUCUAAUAUGUACAACUGACCAAAAAAUAUACCUUAAGGUAGUGUCUCUCUGUACAAAAAUGAGAACUUCAACUGGAAAAAUAGUUGCUGGUUGUUAGAGAUUGUGCACAUAAUUCUAGUUUGUUGAGGGUAUGUUGCACAAUCUGCACUUGUACAGUCCUGUAACUCUAUGAAAGAUACUAGUCAGAAAAGAAAUAAAAUUAGUAUGUUAGCUGUA